UUGCGGGAGAACCGUCAAUAACGGCAUGGGCAAGCGGUGACAAGUUUGUGUUUACAUGGCACACUCAUAAGAUCGAUUGCUAAGGAUGGAAGAGCAAAACGCAGAGACACGAUGGUAAAACACACGGCAGCACAACCGAACACACUGCAGCCAGCCGAGAGGAGUGAGAUUGAAAAGGUCUUUGUUAGUUCACAAAAUAUACAAAACGCCUUGCAAACUUUCAUAAAUCGGCAUCGCAGCAUUUUGCAAAAUCUUCUGGAACAAAACCAAAAACUCGAACAACAAAACUCAAUGCUGAAUGUGCAACUGAGCAAUCAACAAGGCAACAUAUUGGCGUUAAAUGAGAGAAUUAUCACGGUUGGCAACGAAAUUGAAAAGUACAAAGAGGAGCAAACACGUUUAUUGGAAAAUAAAAAUUUGUUACGCACUGAAUUGUUAGCUUACAAAAAACGAUGUGGUGAAUUGAUGAUUAGUGGUGAAAAUGAAAAGAUCGAGCUACAAGCGGUGAUUGAGAAACAAAAAAAUGAGCUAAAAAUGCGUGAUGAAAGAGAAAAUAAGUUGAACGUUGAGCUUGAUGUUAUUCGUCGGGAAUUACAAGCCAAGCAAAAUGAAUGCGACAAAGCUGAUAUUGAACUUACCAAAGGCAAAAUGGAACUCAGUCAAAACAAAGAGUGUUUGGAGGCGUUGCAGAAAUCUCUCAAUAAUUUGAAAGAUGAACUGAAGCAAAGGGAUGAAAUUAUCGACAAGCUACAUAAAGAACAAGCCGACUAUAAAGCUGAAACUGAUAAAACUAUCAAUAAAAUGCGCGAAAUUCAGCAUAUUUUUUAUCCAAAUGCCAGCAAUUUGUUGCCCCCAGUACCACGAAGCAGCAAUGAGAGUCGUAAUGCGCAACCUGUUGCAAUUAGCGUACAGCCGAGACCACAAAGCAGAGCUGCCUUGAAGCGCACUUCAUCGUCAUCGUCAUCGGAUUCUGAUUCGGAUAAUGACGCUGCUUUAUUAGUACGUGGUUGGGUACCGGUAAGAAAAUCGACUGGCACGCAAAUACAAGAUGAAAAUAGAAGAGGUUCAACGGAUAUACCACCAACAUCUGAGAGCGGCGGAGAACCCUCGACACGAAAGCGUGCUCGCCGCUAGGAUUAAGAUAUUUUCGAACUCAAAAAUUAAUGAAGUAUUCAACAAACCUAUUUUUUUUAUUCCUUAUAUUUUAAUU